GAAAAGGAGAGGAGAGGAAGGUAGAUUUCUCGUGUAUAUUAUUCAAUUAGCAACACCUCAUAAUUUAUGUGAAUCUCAAGAGAAAAAGUACAAAACAAACCACAACACACACCAGUCUGGCACCAUCUACUCUAAAUAAAAGAAAUGUGAUGAAUUCUUUGACAUCUCUUCCUCAUCAACUUCAAGCAGAAUCUGGGUUCCCUAGAUUGGAUUCCAUUUUCCUUGUAUCGUCUCUCCUGGAGAUUUGCUUUAUACUAAAGGUAGCUUCCUCUGUUUUUCUCAGUAUUACUGGAUUUGGGUUACCCCUUUAUGGGUUCAGCUUGUUUCUUGAUUCAAUUUCUGGGUUCAAAGCAUUCAUCACCACUGCCUCUGCCUCGGUCUCUUCGACAUUCAAGAUUCAGUUAUUCGGAAGCGUAACGUAACACCUAGUUCUAGAGUAUAUUCUCAUAAUUGGGGAUUCAUAUAGGAGAUUUCAACUCUUUGUAGAUUGGUUUGGACGGCCAAAACCUUGUCACCUAUCAUUCUGAUUGAGGAAUUGAACACCCAACCUAUGACACAGUAACAGUUUCUGCCGUAGGGUGUCAAAAAGGGCUUUUAGGGUUGGAAUCGAGGCUUUGAGAAUUAAGGGUAAUUUAAUUUCACUAUUUUCUAUUGGAUAUGAUUGGCGCCAGGGUGCAGUGUAGAAAGUGGGAAUGAAAAUUUUAUAAUGAGUGAGGUAAGGUGGAUGUUUGUCCAUGGCCACCCCAGACAACAAACUAGCUGAUCUAGUUGACAUAGUGAAAUCCUGGAUUCCCCGGAGGACCGAGCCUGCCAAUUUAUCGAGGGACUUUUGGAUGCCCGAUAAGAGCUGUAGAGUAUGUUAUGAGUGUGACUCCCAGUUUACUGUAUUUAACCGCAGGCAUCAUUGUCGGCUUUGUGGACGAGUAUUUUGUGCCAAGUGUACUGCAAACUCAGUUCCAGCACCAUCUGAUGAGCCCAAGGCUGGUCCAGAAGAUUGGGAGAGGAUUAGGGUGUGUAAUUUUUGCUUCAAGCAAUGGGAGCAGGGGAAACUGACAGUUGAUAAUGGGAUCCAUGCAUCCAGCCCGAGCCUCAGCCCAUCUCCAUCAGCUACAAGCUUGGCCAGCACAAUGUCUAGUUGCACCUGUAACAGCACCGGCAGCACUGUCAGUUCAAUUCCAUACUCAACUGGACCUUACCAGCAUGUCCAAUAUAGUUCUGGACUCAGCCCUCGUCAGUCUGCCCAAAUGGAUCCAGUUGCUGUUAAGCAAGACCAAAUAACAGGCGGGAGCAGCACAAAUCCUAUUGAAGAUGUAGCAGGUCCAUCUGCUAAUCAAUACACCUUUUGCAUCAACAGGAGUGAUGAUGAAGAUGAUGAAUAUGGUAUUUAUCAAUCAGAUUCUGAAACAAGGCAUUUUUCUCAGGCUGAUGAAUAUUAUGAUGCAGUCAAUUUUGAUGAGAUUGAGAGUGUAUAUGGACCACAUAAAGUGCAUCCUGAUGGAGAUGACACAAAAAGCACAGACCAUUCUCAAAUACCUGAGAAUUUUGAUACACAUAGUUUAGAAGGAAUCAAGAAUCAUAGGGAAGAAGCAGAAAAUAAUGAUAAUGGUCAUGAGUGUGAAGCUCCUCCUCCAUAUCAUGUGGAAUGUAUGCAUGCAGAACCAGUGGAUUUCAACAAUGGCAUUCUCUGGCUCCCUCCAGAGCCAGAAGAUGAAGAGGAUGACAGAGAAGCUGCUUUAUUUGAUGAUGAGGAUGAUGGGGAAUCUACAGGAGAGUGGGGGCAGCUACACUCUUCAAGCAGCUUUGGUAGUGGGGAGUGCCGUAGCAAGGACAGGUCAAGUGAGGAGCAUAGGACGGCCAUGAAGAAUGUGGUUGAUGGACAUUUUAGAGCUUUAGUAGCUCAGCUUUUGCAGGUUGAGAACCUACCUGUGGGUAAGGAUGAUGACAAAGAGAGUUGGUUAGAGAUAAUUACAUCUUUGUCGUGGGAAGCUGCCACAUUUCUAAAACCAGAUACAAGCAUAGGUGGAGGGAUGGAUCCUGGUGGUUAUGUGAAAGUUAAAUGCAUAGCUUGUGGGCAUCGUAGUGAGAGUAUGGUGGUUAAAGGAAUUGUUUGUAAGAAAAAUGUGGCUCAUCGACGAAUGACAUCUAAAAUAAGUAAACCACGUUUCCUACUCCUUGGAGGAGCUCUGGAGUAUCAGCGGGUUUCUAAUCACUUGUCAAGUUUUGAUACUUUGUUGCAGCAGGAAAUGGACCAUUUGAAGAUGGCAGUUGCAAAGAUCAAUGCUCAUCACCCCAAUGUUCUUUUGGUAGAGAAGUCAGUAUCUCGAUUUGCACAAGAGUAUCUUCUGGAAAAGGAUAUAUCACUUGUUCUGAAUAUCAAAAGGCCACUUUUAGAACGUAUAUCUCGCUGCACGGGUGCACAAAUAGUCCCUUCAAUUGAUCAUCUCACAUCGCCAAAGCUGGGGUACUGUGACAUAUUCCAUGUGGAGAAGUUUCUUGAAGAGCAUGGGAGUGCUGGGCAAGAUGGGAAGAAAUUGGUGAAGACUUUGAUGUUUUUUGAGGGUUGCCCAAAACCUUUGGGCUGUACUAUUUUGCUCAAGGGUGCUAAUGGGGAUGAGUUGAAGAAAGUGAAACAUGUGAUCCAGUAUGGAGUUUUCGCAGCUUACCACUUAGCUCUUGAGACAUCUUUUCUUGCUGAUGAAGGUGCUUCUCUGCCGGAACUCCCUUUGAAGUCUCCAAUAACAGUUGCAUUACCUGAUAAACCACUGAGUAUUGACAGGUCCAUCUCCACAAUUCCUGGUUUCAGUUCCCCUGCCACUAGAACGCCUCAGGGCUCCCAAACUACCAGAGAACCAAAGAAAUCCUAUAAUAACCGCAUGUCAGAUGGAGCCUCAUCAACCAAUGCUGCCCCCAUUUGCAAAUUGGAAGUGAUGCAAUCAACUUGUUUCUCAGAUGGUCUUAACUCUGAAACACUGUACACAGAACCUGCCUCUAGCUCCAGCAAAUCUUGUGCUUCAUGCACUUCCUCAUCCCCUUCAGGGCAAGAGUACUCAGUGGCUUACCAUAAUGAGGCAUUCUCUAGUUGUGACUGCGAGGGUAAUAAAGUGUGUCUGAAUGGAUCUUUUAAGAAUGAAACUUCUAUAUCCAAUAGUGGCCAAGGUAUUUUGGAUGUUUAUUCGAGUUCUAAUGGUUUUAGCACCUCAGAGGCACCGAGACAAGGUGUUGGCAGUAAUCAUGCUGACAGCAAUGGAUUGGCUGCAAAUCAACUUGAUAUUUUGGAGUUGGAAACCUUGGAAAAGUAUAAUAAUAAUAAUCACCAUGAGGUGAUGAGAUCUUCAAAAGAAGAGUUUCCUCCCUCACCCUCUAAUCAUCAGAGCAUUUUGGUGUCCUUGUCAACACGCUGUGUGCGGAAGGAUACCGUGUGUGAGCGGGCACAUCUCUUUCGAAUAAAAUAUUAUGGAAGCUCUGAUAAGCCUUUAGGGCGGUUUUUACGAGAGCAGUUAUUUGAUCAGAGUUAUCGCUGCCGUUCAUGCGAUAUGCCAUCAGAAGCACAUGUUCAUUGUUAUACACAUCGUCAAGGCAGCCUUACUAUUUCUGUGAAGAAGCUUCAAGGAAUUGCUUUACCAGGGGAGCGAGAAGGAAAAAUCUGGAUGUGGCACAGGUGUCUGCUAUGUCCUCGCAUCAAUGGGUUCCCUCCAGCAACACGCAGAGUAGUGAUGUCUGAUGCUGCAUGGGGUUUGUCUUUUGGAAAAUUUUUGGAACUCAGCUUUUCAAACCAUGCUGCUGCAAGCAGAGUUGCUAGUUGCGGUCAUUCCCUUCAUAGGGAUUGCCUACGGUUUUAUGGUUUUGGAGGAAUGGUUGCUUGCUUCUGCUAUGCUUCAAUUGAUGUUCAUUCCGUUUAUCUUCCACCACCAAAACUUGAAUUUAACUCUGAUAUUCAGGAGUGGAUACAAAAGGAAGCAGAUGAGGUGCACAACAGAGCAGAACUACUAUUUACUGAAGUGUACAAAGCUCUCCGUCAGAUAUUGGAAAAAACAUCAGGCACAGAAUCACUGGAUGGCAUGAAAGCACCUGAAUCAAGGCACCAUAUUGCAGAACUGGAAGUCAUGCUAGAGAAGGAGAAAGGAGAAUUUGAGGAAUCACUAUGGAAUGCACUACAUAGGGAGGUGAAAGCUGGCCAACCUGCAGUUGAUAUUCUUGAGAUUAAUAGACUGCAAAGGCAGUUAGUCUUGCACUCUUAUGUCUGGGACCAACGCUUAAUAUAUGCAGCCAGCUUAGGUAGCAAUAAUCUCCAGGCAGGUCUGAGCAGUUCCACACUGAAACUGAAGGAGAAACCCCUCACUUCUGUUGAGAAGGUUGUUGAUAUGAAUGUGACAUCUAAGGCAGGUAAAGGCUUUAGUAGUCAUGAUUUGAUUCUUCUGGAUAUGAACCCUAACAUAGUCCUUAAUCUAGGUGGAAAAGUUGGCCCUGUUAGCCAGCCUAGCAGAGUUCACAAAGGAAAAGACAUGGAUCAGGGUUUGAAUAACAGGAAAGAGGCUGAGAUUUGUCUUUCUUCUAGCUCAAAUGUCAAUGAUCAAAGUGAUCCUGUGGAAUCUGGAAAAAUUGUGAGAAGAGUCCUCUCAGAUGGACAGGAUCCUGUGGAAUCUAGAAAUCUUGUGAGAAGAGUCCUCUCGGAUGGACAUUUCCCAGUUAUGGGAAACUUAUCUGAUACCCUAGAUGCAGCAUGGGCUGGUGAAAGUCAUGCAGGAAGUAAAACAUCUAAAGAGAAUGGCUAUCUAUGUGCUGAUACAGUGGUGGUAGGGUCUUUGGCUACAGUAGAACCAGUUGCAGCAGACUUAGAAAUGGAAAACUGUACUAACCAUCAAAGUGAGGUUGAGGUAGCUCAUUCUCGUGGCUCUUCAUCAUCUAUGAAGGGGCCUGAAAAAAUGGAAAACUCCAUGACACCACUGGGGGUGCCUUUUUCAAAUUUCUCUUACAUGUUCAGCAAGAAUUCUUCAUGGAAUGCUCAAAAACUUGGUAUAAUUUGUGAGUAUAAUCCUGCAUAUGUCUUGUCAUUUCGGGAGUUGGAACAUCAAGGUGGUGCCAGGCUGCUUCUUCCUGUGGGUGUUAAUGAAACAGUGGUGCCUGUUUAUGAUGAUGAACCCACUAGUAUUAUCUCUUAUGCACUUGUCUCACCAGAUUAUCAUGCACAGGUGUCAAAUGAGUUAGAGAGACAUAAGGAUAGUGGCGAAUCUUCUGUCUCAUUGCCAAUGUUUGAGAAUCUACUUUCACUUCACUCUUUUGAUGAGACGGCUUCUGAAUCCUAUAAAAAUCUUGUCUCUACUGAUGAGAAUAUCUUAUCCUUGUCCGGGUCUCGGAGCUCCUUAGUUUUGGACCCACUCUUAUACACAAAAGAUUUUCAUGCCAGAGUCUCUUUCACUGAUGAUGGCUCACUUGGGAAGGUGAAGUACACUGUGACUUGUUACUAUGCAAAACAGUUUUAUGCCUUGAGGAAGACUUGUUGCCCUUCUGAAUUAGAUUUCAUACGGUCACUUAGUCGUUGUAAGAAAUGGGGGGCCCAGGGUGGCAAGAGCAAUGUCUUCUUUGCAAAAACCCUGGAUGAUCGAUUUAUCAUCAAACAGGUUACAAAAACAGAGCUGGAGUCCUUCAUCAAGUUUGCACAGGCUUAUUUUAAGUACUUAUCUGAAUCAAUCAGCACUGGGAGUCCGACUUGCCUGGCAAAGAUCCUGGGCAUUUAUCAGGUUACAUCAAAGCAACUUAAAGGAGGGAAAGAAUCAAAGAUGGAUGUUUUGGUAAUGGAGAAUCUUCUUUACAGGCGUAAUAUUACACGGCUUUAUGACCUAAAAGGAUCGUCUCGAUCACGUUAUAAUCCAGAUUCAAGCGGGAGCAACAAAGUUCUGCUGGAUCAGAACCUGAUUGAGGCAAUGCCAACUUCUCCUAUUUUUGUGGGGAAUAAGGCAAAGCGGUUGCUAGAGAGAGCUGUCUGGAAUGAUACUUCAUUUCUUGCUUCGAUAGAUGUAAUGGACUACUCAUUACUGGUUGGGGUGGAUGAGGAAAAGCAUGAACUGGUCCUUGGGAUAAUCGACUUUAUGAGGCAAUAUACCUGGGACAAGCACCUUGAAACCUGGGUGAAGGCCUCAGGCAUCCUUGGGGGGCCUAAAAAUACAGCUCCCACUGUGAUUUCACCAAUACAGUACAAGAAGAGGUUCAGGAAAGCCAUGUCUGCUUAUUUUCUGAUGGUUCCAGACCAGUGGUCACCAGUAAUUAUCGUUCCCAGUGGGUCACAAUCAGACCUUUGUGAAGAAAACUCAACAGGUGGGCCUUCCUUUGAUUGAUGUCCCCACAAGUAAGUUGAGCAUCAAUAUGUCGAAACUUAUUCUUGGAUAGCUCUGUUGAUCGUUCAUUAAUGGGAGAAAAAAAAAAGAAAAAGGAAAAAAAAGAAGCUUUUCAGGGGUAUGAUGUUGGAUUGGAUGGUGUUCCUGUGGGUUUAUUCUUGUUCUGUAUAGAUUUAUAUGUGUCUAAGAGUAAUCCAAAUUUUGAUGUAAUGUUCUUGUAUGAUUAUUUUCCAUAUGUAAAGGUUGCAUGUCUAUGUUUUUUACAUGUUUGCUCAAC